AUGGCAAACAGUCAUCUUCCUAAUUGUCACCCGGACGUCACGCCCGAUUGGCAGGACAUUGAUCACCCUCGGGCCAGUUUCGAACAAGCUAUUGCUCUUGAGCCAGUCCAAGGAGAACAAGGGCGUUAUGCUGGCUUCGCUCCAAAGGAUUGGUGUAGUCCACAUGGUCGAGACCUCUACCUACAUGGUGGCUAUAUAGCUGCACUGCUCAUCCGCGCAAGUCGGAAUUAUUUCCAGGAUUACCACGCCAAUCUCAACCAACCAGAUCCAAUUCAUAUGAGCCUGCACUAUCUGCAGCUAAUCCCCCCGGGUGCUUUCCAUAUCCAGCUCGAAGGCAUAAAACUAGGCCGGCGACAUUCAACCAUUCAAGCGAAGAUUGUGUCACCACACACCAAAAGCGCGGUCCUAUACAGCCUAGCUGUUCUUACCAUGGGUGAUCUAAAUAUCAAGUCUGGCAUCAAUAUGAGUCUGCCUCCAAUUCUGACUCCAGACAGAGAGCGUGAGUGCGCCCGCUGGACGAACGCAUUGUUUUACAAAUUGAACCCACCUACUGCGAGCAUUCGAUACUACAACCCUAAAGAUGGUGAAAGCCUCCUUUGGAGUCCUAGCAGGGGCCAGAAUUGCCGCGAUCAGUGGGGCAAGCUGGAUUCUGGCGAUAAUUUUCACUUGGAGCAUCUUGGCCUUAUGGCAGAUAUUAUUCCCCCUAUGCAUCUGAACUAUCAGAAGAAAGGAAUGAACGCUGUCCUCGAUUAUGAAUAUAAAACCAUGACUAUGGACUUUGACUUCCGUGCUGACCCCGCGGGCAAAAUGGAAUGGAUUUUGAAUCGUGCAAAGACGCAUAGACUGGAGGGAGGCCGGUUCGACAUGCAUAUCCAGAUGGUAGACGAGAACGGAAAUCUGGUAGCAACAGUGCAUCAGUCUAACUUGGUCUUUGAAAAUGGGCGGAGAAAUUCCCGCAAAACCAAGGGCUCUCUUUGA